AUGGCUUUGGGGCCGGGCUCCUUGGAAUCCUGGAUGCAGCAGCUGCCCGCAGAGGCAAAAUCCCGAAGCAUUUGCCAGCUGGCACUGCCCGGUGCCCACAAUGCAGGGGCGAGUGAGGUGAAGUGCAUCUCGCCUUUGGUGUCUGGUGGAGGCUAUCUGGCAAAUGUGGCCAAGAACAGCGUAGCCAACGCGCUUGCAAAGCCGUUGGCAGGAGCUAUGGCAGUAUGCCAGGCGGAUGGCAUUGGGCAGCUGCUGCGGAAAGGAGUUCGCUUGCUGGAUUUGCGUCUGGGGCUGCAUGACGGACUGCUCUACAUCUGCCACACUGUGGUUUGCAAUCGGACUUUUUGCAGUGUGCUCGAGGAGGUGGCGGAGUUCCUCAGUGAACAGCCAGAGGAGGUGGUGGUUCUCUUAGUCAAGCGUGACUGGGGUGCCAGGGACUACUUCGACACCCAGGAGACAUGGUCCAAAGUGCAGACUUCGCUUCAUACGUUGCUUGGUCCUCAGCUCCUUGAGAACGAGGACCUGCCGAAGCCCUUGACUGACUUAGUGGCGCGCAAUCGGAGGGUCCUUGCUAUGGUGGAGCUGCCCGAGCACGCGAAGCACAUGUGUGGGAUCCGAAUAACUGGGCGGAACCUUCAAUCCAGCUGGAAGGAUGAAACUCGGACAGUGCCCGACAUGCUGAAAGAUCUGGAAUCCUGGUAUCAGUCUGGGCGCAUGCGUCCUGAGCCGGGAUGCCUGAAAGUCCUGGAGGUCUGCUUGCCCGGAACACCCUACAGCCUCGGCCCCUCUGCUUGCGCGGCGUUCUGCCGCUUUCUCGAGGAUGGGCAUGACGUUCACGUGGCCACCAAACUCGACUUUCCGGAUGAGACGACGAUCCGCACGAUCGUGGAGCAAAAUUGGCGCGAACCCAGUGCCACCCAAGGCCAACGAGCGAAGCCAGAUGUUAAGGUUGCGCGUGAUGUGUCCGACGUUUACCAGAAACUCACGGCACAGCCUUGCGCGGGCAACUGCCUUGACAAGCUAGACAACAUGACCGCGUUGCUGCAGAGCUUCACUUCGACUCCCUUCCUCGGCAUUGUGUAUGGUGGAAAAUCAGGUGGCAACAAUUGGGGUUACAUGGCGACCAGCUGCAAGAACAGCAAGAAAUCCUGGAUCUCCGCGUGUUGCUACUGCUACCUUGAGCUGCUGCCUAGCUCGUCAGCCUCACGUGGCCUAAGCCGUGAUGCCUUCCGCGAGGGCUGCGAAGACAGUAUACGUGAGUCUAUUACGGCAUUUCCCGAUGGAAGUAAGGACUGCUGCAUCGAGCGAGCAUCCUUGAUUGCUAAGACGAUGUCCGAGAAAGCAGAAAAGUGCUGUUACGCAAUCUGCAAGCGCUGCCCGGGGGGCUUCGACCAGUGGGCCUACAAAGGGCCCGAAUCUGGUGGUCAUCACUUCCACGAGUGGCGCGAGACGAGUUCUGGCUUUUUUGGGCUGGGCGUGCUCAUGCAAGUUUUACAUCGCUACGCGCGCGCUGUGCACUCUGUCUACUUUGGCCUCUGUGCGCCUCGACAUUGCGAUGAGGGCCACGUAGAGGUGAGCCUGGCGCCAGCAUACUUGGACUUCCUCCUGCGCUUCGAGGGUUUCACCGGGCAGCUGUUCGACCUCGAGGUAGAGGCCUCCGACUUUUCGCUUCGCUGGCCAUCAGCUCACUGGCUCUGGUUGUUGCUGCCGGUCGCGUUUGGGACCGCCUGGGAGCUUCUCUCGUGGGGCCCCGGCAGGGAUAUCGGGCUCAGGCACCAGAUCUCCAGGCUGUUCCAGCUGCCUCUUCAAGGUCACUUGGAGGCUGUCUCUGCUCUGAGAGCAGUGGGCACGCUGGCCAUCCUUGCGUACCAUGUGUUUUUCCUGAAGCGGGACCUCGCUAAGGUCGCCUCCAUGCCGUGGUUCGCUCGCCGGCUGCAGCAUUUGUGCAUCCUCUACAGCUCUGUCUUCUCUGCCAUUUCGGUAUUUCUGAUGAACCGCUCUUUCGAGGAGCAACGCCGCCGUGGUGGGGGUGCUGGCGCAUGGCUCCGCUGGGGUGUUGCCCGACUCUGGCGGAAGGCCCUUCGUCAGGUUCCUCCGCUGCUGUUGGCCUAUGCGCUGUUCCAUCAAGGUCUGCCGCUCCUUCCAUUGGACGUUGAGGCACGCUCCUCCCUCGAGGGCAAGAAGCGGCUCUGCUCGAGAUUCGAGGAUUCCUUCAACCCGGAAUGUUGGAACACCUUUGCAAACUGGGCCAUCCUUCGCGACGCACAGCUCGAUGUUAGCAUGGCAAUGCUACUAGUUUUUCGGGGGAUCGUCGGCGAUCUUCUGGGCUUGGCGCUGACGGGAGCGCUCCUGGCCGUCGCUCUGCACAGCAUCCUCCAGGAAGACCUUGGCGAUGAGAAUCUUCUUUGGUCGCUGCCAUACCGGCGCCUCCCGGAGACUUUGAGCACCAUGAUCAUGGCAACCUGGCUUCCGUCUCUGCGCUUUCCUGGCUCCUGGACACUGGCUCUGGCAGUCGGCCUGGUGGUGCUUACGGUGCAGGGCGACUGGCUCGUGUCGAGCCAAGAUGAGGUGGCCGCAGUGCAGCUCGAUGGUCGCAAGCGCGCCAUCGACAUGCAGGCCCGGCUAAUGUUGGCCUUCGGCUGGGCGCCGCUUGGCGCCUCGGUGCUGCUGGUGGCCAAUGCAGAAAGCAAGAUGCUGAAGGUCAUGGCUGGCCAUUGGCUUUGGGGCACUAUAGGGUCACAGCUGUCCUUGCCAAUGCUCUUGGUGCACAACGUGCUGUUCGUGGUCAUUGAGGGGGCGGCGCUUCCUGGGCCGUCCUGGGAUUACCCCUUCUCGUACAUGAUCUUCUUCUCGCUGUUGCUCGUGGUGCUCUGUGCCUCCUGGCUGCUCUCCGCCAUGCUGCAGCUGCUGUUUCUGGGUCCAGUCCAGGAGCUGCUGCGGAGGCCGAUGGCGUGGGCCGAUGAGUAG